AUGUGGGAUGAGUACAAGAAAGGUUUCGGGAACCUGGAAGACUCCUUUUGGAUCGGAAAUGACGUCAUUCAUCAGCUUACCAAGGGAAGGAAGUCAUCUCUCUACGUCUCUAUUACAUUAAGAAAUGGAACAAAAUUGUACAAAUAUUUCGAUCAGUUCUCAGUUUCUGAUGAGGCAGACAACUACAGACUUUUUCUCGGAGGACCUGCUACCGGAACUUUAGGUGACCGUAUGGCAGGGCAGUCUGGGAUGGCCUUCAGUACCCCAGACAGAGACAGUGACAGAGACAGAGUUAACUGUGCAGCUGAGUAUAAAGGAGGCUGGUGGUUUAAAAGUUGUUACCAAGUCUACCUCAACGGUCCCUGGUCUCCAGGAACCUGGCGCAGACCGUGGAAUCCUACAGUCAUCGAUGGUAGAGAGAUAAAGGAGACUCUGAUGAUGAUAAAGCCUCACUAA